GCGAAAGGGUAAAGGAGGUGCUGUAUCUCAAAACGUUAGAAGACAUGUAUUGAAUGAUGAAGAAUCUUUGAAAAAAUUGUUGCAGUUUGAUGAUGGGUUUCGUUUUCUAAAAACCUAUUCGAGGUACCCCAUCUUUUUGGCAGGGAGCCCAGCAUGAUUUGUUGGCUUGUGUUCGUCAGCUGGGUGUCCCAACGUGGUUUUGUUCAUUUCCUUCAGCUGAUAUGCGGUGCAAAAGUCUCCUCAAUAGUAUUUUGAAGCAGGCAGGUAGAACAGAGACAGCUGAACAGUUAGAUUAUGCAGAGAGGUGUCAACUUUUGCGUGGCAGUCCGGUCAGUGCGGCCAGAAUGUUUGAUUUUCGCUGGCAUUGUUUUUUGAGAGAGGUGCUCAUGUUUCCAUCUAAUCCUAUUGGCAAAAUAAAGGAUUAUUUUUAUAGGGUGGAAUUCCAGCAGCGUGGAUCACCACAUGUUCACUGCCUCUUUUUGAUAGAGAAUGCCCCAAUAAUUGAUAAGAACACAGAUGAAGAGGUAGUUGAGUUUAUUGAUCACUAUGUGACAUGUGAAUUACCAGCACAGGAUGAAACAUUAUUGGAGAUUGUUACAUCUGUGCAACAAGAUUCAAAACGACAUUCAAAAUCUUGCAAAAAGAACAAAACUGUUUGUCGUUUCAAUUUUCCUAAGCCACCAUCCGCAAAAACUUUUAUUUCACGUCAAGUCAGUGAAAAGGAUGACAAAAAAUCUUGUAAAUGUAAAGUAGAUGAAGCACAUAAAUUGGACCGUUGUGCAUGCAAAAAUGAGGGGCAGAAAAAAACAGAGAUGAUGAGAAAAGAGAUUGCAGUCGCCAUUAUGACUAAAAUUAAGGAGGCUCUUUCAGAUGAGAAUGCCAGUUUUGAUGGUGUGGAAGAGUUAUUUAGACAUUUAGGAUUAAACCAAAGUCGUUUUGAGGCUGCUUACAAUCGAGUAGCUAAGAAGACGCAUGUUGUUUUGAAGAGACAGGCAAAUGAAGUUUGGAUAAAUCAAUAUAGCAAACCGCUUUUGAAAUGCUGGAAUGCUAAUAUUGACAUCCAAUAUGUUGUUGAUGCCUAUGCUUGUGUAGUUUACAUUAUUUCUUACAUCUCCAAGGCAGAAAAGGAGAUGGGUUUGUUGUUAAGAAAUGCUCAGUGGGAAGCGGCUAAAGAGGGUAAUAGUUGUGCUAAAGAUGCAUUGAAAAAUUUAGGAAGUGUGUAUUUACACAAUAGGGAUGUAUGUGCUCAAGAGGCGGUGUAUAGAUUGACAAACAUGCAUCUUAAGGAGUGCUCUAGGAAAGUUGUGUUUGUGCCGGUAGGGGAGAAUACAGUUAGAAUGAGUUUGCCUUUAAGUGUGUUGAAACAAAAAGCAUCAUCACAUGAUCUUACAGAUGAAGAUAUGUGGAUGAGGAGUUCUGUGGACAGGUACAAGAAUAGGCCGAAAGAUAGUACAUUUAAUGACAUGUGUUUGGCAACAUUUGCGUCAGAGUAUCGUGUUUUGAGUAAAAACGAAACAGCUGGCCAUAGGGUUAAAUUAGAUAAUGAUUGUGGUUUUGUUGUGAAAAGAACACAUACGCAACCUGCUGUUGUUCGUUAUGUGCGCUUUUCGGAGACUAAGAAUCCGGAGUUGUUCUAUCAAAGCAUUUUGCAGUUGUUCCUGCCGUAUCGCAAAGAUGGGCAGCUCAAACCGGCAGGGUUUGAGAUGUUUGAACAGUUUUAUAGACACGGUCAUGUGAGAUUAGGUGAUAAAUUGCUACAUUCGGUUAAAGAAGUUGUUGAUCUGAAUAGAUGCAAAUUUGAAAGAGAUGCAGACGAGUUGGGUGAUAUCCAAAAUUCAAUUGAUAGUGAGGGUGUUGUAGAAGAUGCCUGGUGCGAGCUGUGCCCAGAGCAGGAGUUGGAGCGUUUAGAGAGUAUAGAGGAAUGUAGAGAGAUGGAGCAGAACAUGUAGAUAGCAUUCCAGAUUUAGCUGUGAACAGUAAAGAUAUUGCACAAUUGGAAAAGAGGAACAAUGUCCUCGACAAAGAGGACGGUUUGGCUUUAAUUAGAUCUCUGAAUGAGACACAGAUGUGUAUUUUUUAUCAGA